AUGGAGAUGAUGGCGUGGUCCCUGUCGAACGAAGAGCGCGCGCAGGUCCGCGACGCGUUCAUAGCGAUAGACGAAGGUCGGACAGGCACGAUCACCCUUCUGGAGUUGAAGAAGGUGUUGCAGGACAAGUUCCAUGUGCCCAGCGAGGAGGUUCAGAGCAUCUUCCGCGCCCUCGACCAGAACCACGACGACGAGAUCCACUACAGCGACUUCCUCGCGGCCAUGGUUGGUGCCAGGAUCGGCAUGCACGACGACCACCUGAGGUCCGCCUUCGCGAAAUUUGACGUGGACAACUCCGGAUACAUCACCAGGGAGAAUUUGCGCGAGGUCUUGGGGGACGCGUACGAGGGCGAGACCGUGGACAGCUUGCUCGCCGAGGCGGACUUCCUGAGAGACGGGCGGAUAUCUUAUCCCGAGUUUGUUUCUUUCCUGAAGGGGCAGGCCAUUCGGCAGCAACGCGGACGCCGUCGCCAAGAUCGUGGACAGGGAGCUGGAGAAGUCCAGCGGCGCGUCCAGGCAGGGCUACUUUGGUCUGAGGGCCAAGCUGAUGCCGAAGUCCAAGCAGGGUUAGGACUCCGACGACGACGACGACAACGACGACCACGACGGCGACGACGACGACGACGACAUGGUGGCGUUCCAGAGCGGGCCUCGUCCUCGUCGGCCUCUUGCGGGUCGCCGGCCGGCGGCCGAUGUCCUCCUCUUUGCUUCCCUCCGUGCUCUUCCGGGCCCCUUCGCGCGCUCUCCCCCUGCUCCCGCUCCUGCUUUGGAUGA